AUGUCUCAUGGGCGCGACGGUAACCCCAACGCCCACUACUCUGUGCAGGAAGAAGAUGCUGGAGGCUCCAAGGUUAAGGGAGGACACGUUCAGGAGGAUGAAACCAAGCUGACCGUGAGCAGUCAUCCCGCAUCCUUUUGUGUAAUUACGAUGCUGAUUCCUGCGAACAGAGAACCAAUUAGGCCCCUGUUUCGCGAUAUUGAGUUAUAG